UCGCCACGCAUGCGCAAACGGCUGGAUAUAAAAUCUAUGACAUCAGAUUUAUGGCACGUGCGUGGCCGUGAAGUGGAGUCGUUACCACUGUCAACAUUUUCACGUGGGCCAGGAUUAUGCGUUGAAAUGGAAGUAACAAUCGAUGUAGAUGCAAAUAAAGUUGUUGACGAAGAAAUACCGACGAAUGAAAUACCGACCAUGUCAACGUCGAAAGAAAAUACAGAGGUAUUUCAGCCAGGGAUAGAAUUAUUAACGUCGCAACAGUUAGCGCAUGGUGAAAACUCGUUGAAGGAAGAGUGCGAGGAGACAAUACAGCUAGACAAAAGAUCAUUUAAAGAAAAAGAUGAAGCAAUGUUCUCCGAAGAAAAGUUAGAGAACGAAACAAUAGUCGUCGCUGAGAAGGGAACUUUAAUAAAUAGGGAAAAUGAAUGCGACAUGUCUCACAUGUCUGACACAUCGAUAACAUUAGACGCAAACAAGAUAGAAAAUGCAUCUAAUAGCUAUGAUGUAUCUGCUGAUAUUCAAGAUAUUGUUCAAUCAAUGCCAAAGGAAAAUGAUGAGACAAGUGCACGUAAGUGCUAUACAGCUGCUGACGAAAAUACAUCUGAUGCUAGAUAUGAAGUUUUACAAAGAUCUCCCGAAAUUAUGAAGUGUCAGGUGUCAAAUGAUACUGACAUAGUGCAAAAUAGAGAUAUAAAUGAUCAAAUAAUUGAGCAGUCUGUAACAGUAAACCUUCAAACUGAUGAUACAAUUGUAAGCAAUUCAUCACUACAAAAGCAAGAUAAGAUAGAAUUUGAUGGAGAAUCUUCUCUUGACGUUAUUGCUAAAGCAUAUGAAGGCAUGGAUUCAAAUACAGAAGAAAUGGAGACAGAUGCCACAAUUGAAAAUCAACAUACUGUACCACAGACACAAAACUUACAACAAUAUCGUACUGAAGGACAAUUACGUGAAAAUACUGAUAGCCAAGAUGAUAGCAGUAGCGAUAGUAGUAGCAGCAGCAGCAGCAGUUGUAGCAGCAGCAGAUGCAGCAUCAGUAGUGAUAAUAACAGUGACAGUGAUUCAGAUGAUGCAAAUAUUGAUAACAGAAAGAAAGGAAGCGAGGCAAAACCAGCAAAGAAGAAAAAUGAUGUAGAAAAUGAAUUAGAUAAACUACCACCAAUAGAAGACUUGAAAAUUAGCGUUCCCGAAGAUUUGUGUAAUCCAUUAGGCAAGAUCGAAAAGAUAGUGGAACAAUUAGUGGUCGUAAAGCCCAAUCCUGGUGAGCCUACACUUGAUCUGGACACAGUUUUAUUCGUGAAUAAGGGAACAAAAGCGCUCGGUCAUGUAUUCGAUGUGUUUGGCUCUGUGAAGGAACCGCAUUACUGCGUUCGCUUCAAUGAUGCUAAGCACAUACAAGAUAAUGACAUUGAAGUAGGCAUGCAGGUUUAUUAUUGCCCGUUGGACAAGUCGUACACGCAUCUCGUUUUCAUGCACGAGUUGACAAAGAUAAAAGCUUGCGAUACGGUUGACGAUGACGAGCCGCCGCAAUUUUCAGACGAUGAGGAAGAACAAGCUUAUUACGCAAAUCUGAAGCAGAAGAAUAACAAAAACUAUUCUAACGGCAGGAAACGGCAACGCCGGAUGAGUCCUCACGACAACGCGACAGUGGGCUGGCGAUCAAAUCAUCCGUGGAACCAAAAUAGAAGGGUUCAAUCUCCGAGAUGCAAUUGGAACAGGCAACAAAGCUGGGGUGACCGUUCUAAUUCUGCACAGAAUGGAACGUACUCCUACAAUGAAUCGUGGAACCAAUACCCAUAUCAGAAUAAUGCUUAUUGGCAGCCAUUUCCGCAGAACGUGUAUCCGAUGUCCAACGGAUAUCCAACAGAACCUGCAUAUGCAGGACCACCAUAUACGUCAUACGGGCCACAUUAUGGCGCAAAUCAAUGUUAUCAAGGGAUAAACUAUCAAUUUCCCGCUGCAUCAUAUUCAUCCGAUAUGUAUGCGAGUACAUCUUUCUAUACGCAACCACCAGUAUCAACGACGAAUACAUAUUGGUCUCAAUCAAUUUCUCCAUCUACCUCAAGUACAGUGAAUUCGAAUACUGAUGAUCCAAAUUCAUCUAAAUGAUUAAUGUCGAAUAUAUCUUAAUAUGAAUAUAUUAAUAGGACAUUAAAAUAGGAUAUUAAAAUAUAAUUGUACUUGUUGUGCA